GAAAGAAGAGCCCAGACCUCAGGGAAUAUGAUCCCCUCACACAGGCUGACAGUGAUGAAAGUGAAGAUGACCUCGUACUCAACAUCCAGAAGAACGGGGGCGUCAAGAAUGGGAAGAGCCCUCCUGAGGAGGUGCAAGACCCUGACUCUGAUGUGGAGGUUGGAAUGACAAAGCAGCACACGUCAGAGGGCGCGCCUGAGGGUUAUCCUGCAGAGACGGCUGGGAGUUUGGAGCAGAAGGCCUCUCCCUCCCUCAUGCCAUACCUCCGCACAGCGAUCUUUUUGCUCACUGUGGUGAUCUCGAUGAUUCUUGUGUUGGUGUGUGCAUUUCUAAUUCCCUGUCCCCCUAGAGACUUGCAUAACACCUGGAACCGCAACCUAGGUCAGGGAGCAGGUGGUGUGUUAUCCCCACUGGAGCUGUGUGAUGUGAACGGCGAUGGGCUCCCUGACAUCCUCAUUGUCUUCACUGCCUUGAUGAAUGCUAGCGUCAUGGGUGUCUCUAGGCCCUCCGUAACUGUGGUGGCCCUUUCUGGUAUGAAUGGUAGCACCUUGUGGUCCAUCCAGCUUCCAGAGGAGACUCGGAGUGUGCAGUGCAAAGGGCUGUCACUGGGGGCACCUGCGGAGCCCGUCUGCCUUGUUACAGGAACAUCGAAAUUCCUCAGCCUUCUCAGUGCCUCCACAGGCAAGACCAUGUGGACGCUGAACUCUAUCCACCUUUCAAGUGGGAUUCUGGCUGCACCAGCUGCAACUCUUCCUGAUGUAGAUGGAGAUGGAAUUAGAGAUAUUGUUGUUCUGGCCCUCAAAGAGACACAGCCUGAUGUCUUUUUCAUCUUGGUGUCAGGAAAGACUGGGACUGCUUUGGGUGGGCCUGUGAAGUACAGAACCAAUGGAGAAGGGAAAGUGAUUGGCCCCCAAGUCCACAUCACCAGCCGGGGGGCCAUCUACAUCCUGUUUGGUUUUGGUAAUGUGCAGGCCGUUGCCCUGAGGGAUAUCUUUACCCAAGCUAGGAACCGGGACAGCUUUCCUGCAAUGCUGAAGCAGGAGGAGCCGGAGUGGGAAAAGCGCAGAUCUGUCAACCUGUCAGAGCUCAUUGACAUUUACAGUGGGGGUGUUGACUUCCUGCAGACAAUGAAGACACCUGACACAAACUGCAGCAACCUGCUCAUCACGACCAAAGAGGGCUUGAUCCUACUGCAGGGACAGGACCUGGAGCCCCGCUGGACCCUGGAACUGCAGAACAUCAGCAGCGAGCCUGUACCAGGUUACUUUGGUGCUGACCAAACUCUGGACUUCAUGCUGCAAGCACAGACAGGAGAUGGGAAGAAAAAGGUGGUGGUGAUCGAUGGCAAAUCCGGCCUCCCUGUUUGGAACCAGGAACUCCCGUGGCAGAAGCAACAGCUCGAUGCACUGUCAAUCAUGACUUUGGACAAGAAGUCUGUUUUUCUCUUCUGGGCUGAUGAAGCACAGCCCGUGUUACAGAGUUUGCAACCUGGUCCCAGGCCUGAGCGCCCAGGGCUGCACCACCUCUAUCUCCUCCAUCCCGUUUUUCCUACUGUCCUUUUGGACCUCACCAAUGCAACAGACAAAGUCAUUGCUUCAGCGGUUGGAAUUAAUGAUCUCCAGAAGGAUGCAUUUCACAUCACUGUGACAACAACUGCAACCUCUGAAAAACAGCCAGGGUUUCUCUCAGUCAGCAAGCUGGGCCUGAAGUGGGCCAUGAUGAGUCAAGGUCGAAUGGUGUGGCUAAAGGACACCACCACUCCCAAAAUCAGCCGUGGAGAAGUGCGGAGAUUUCUUGCCCGGCUGAAAUUUGUUGACUUUCCUCAGAAGCUCUAGCUUGGUGGUUCCUCAGAUUUUGGUUGGACCUGUGGCCUGUAUGGGGAAUACAGAAAGCUGUUCUGUGAAUCUUCAGGAAAACUGCUGUGUAGAGGGAAUGGGAGCUAAAAGCACUUCCCCUUUCUUCAGUUCUUUGGGGAAUGCUGCUGGAGGCAGGUUAGUCCUAGGCAGACGUGUCCUGUACCAGAGGAACCUUGUUGAGCGUCUCCCCCUCCAUAUGCCAUUCUUGCAUGCUUCCUUCCAGGUAACACAGAAAUGUGAAUUUAGAAUUUAUAUACAUAGAUAUAUGUAUAAAAAACCAGGUUAUAUACAUAUAUGUAUCAGUUUAUACAAUAUAUGUAUAUUUUUUGUAUGUUUAAUUUAUGAAUGAGAUACAGGACACUCCUUUUUAUGUCCAAACAGUAUUCCUAGGCAGUCAAACAAGCUCUAGGCCUA